GGAGGGGGCCGCGGAUGAGGAAGUGAAGCGUAGCUGUUGGAGUGGUGGAAGCGAGAAUUGAAAGCGGAGACGCGAUGGCGGAAGCCCCGGUAGGGCUCGGCCGGAUUCCGGGAGGCGAGGCCGAAGGGGAGGAGGUUUCGCUCGUGGUCAAGAGCCCCGCGCAGCGGCACCCCGACCUCCUCCUGACCGCCCAGCGCUCGUGGACCGUCCGUCGCCUCAAGGCUGAGCUCUGCCGCCGCCACCCGGAUGCCCCGCCUGAAGACGUUCAGAGACUGAUUUAUUCUGGGAAGUUGUUACAGGACCAUCUUUACCUGCGAGAUGUGCUUGCCAAGCAGGAUAUGGUGCAUGCUCUCCACCUGGUGUGCAACUCAAAACUGCAAGAAACAGACGUGAAGGUUGUUGAAGCCAAGCAUCAGCCAGCAGCCUUUAGCCAAGACCCGCCUUUGCUUCCUUCAGUUCAUUCUUUGAGUCAGACGGACAUCCUCGGCAACCAGCCCCUUGCAGCAGAGAAUGCUGGCAAUAGAUCUGCACCGGCGCAGCACUGCUUUCAAGGCUAUUCAUCCUAUACAACAUACCGCAUGCUGCAGUUCUGGUUCCAUCAGUUUUAUGCAAGACAAUACUACAUGCAAUACAUGGCUGCCAGUGCUGUUUCUGGUGACGUAUCCUCUACACGAAGUACACAGGAGAUCCCAGUUGCAGCCCCGGUUGCGGCCCCAGCUCCUCUUUCUGGUCCUUUUCCUGCUGAAAACCAGGCCAGAAAUCAAAACGUUCCCCCUCAGGUAAACCCAGGGGUGAACCAGAACCUUCGCAUGAAUGCCCAGGGAGGGGCUUUGAUGGAAGAAGAAGAAGAAGGCGGCAAUCGGGAUUGGCUGGACUGGCUCUACUCAGCAACCCUCUUUUACGUCUUCAUCAACAUUGUGUAUUUCUACUCCAGUAUGAGCAGGCUUCUCAUGGUGAUGGUGGGCACCCUGCUGAUGUACCUGCACCAGGUUGGAUGGUUUCCUUUCAGGCGGAGGCCAGCUCAGCCUGCUGAGAACAAUAUUCCUCUCCAAGCAGCUGUUAACCAAGACCAAAACAAUAAUUUACAGCAGGAGGAAAAUGCGGGGGGUCAGGGUGAAAUGGAGGCACCUGACACCACACCAGAGAGUCAACCAGCACCGUCUUCGUUCAUGAGCACUGCCUGGCUUUUCUUCAAGACUUUCUUUGCAUCCCUCCUGCCUGAGGGACCCCCAGCUGUGGCCAACUAGCUGGCUGCUUAGCCACACAAAUAGCCAGUAAACUGCAGCUGUCUGUUUGCUGUGAGACCUUUGGCUGAGCAAGGACUGGACUGGACACCAGUUUGAAUGCUGGAAGUGGCCUGGUACCAAUGGACGAAAAGGAAUUACUCUGCUUUCAGAAGCGAAAGACAGAGAUUGCAGCAGCCAUAAGACCAAAGUACAGAGUGCCAGUGAAUUGUAUGGGAAAAUUGAGUGAAGGCCUACAGCAGUGUGCAAUUCUGUACUGAAUGCAAGUAAGGCUGUUGAUGGACCAAGAGCGAGAGAAGCACAUUGUUUCUGCUGGUGUAACUUGAUUCCUGUUGGAAUGUAUCUCAUGCUUUAAUUACACUGAGUGUAGUAUCUUGCGCAACCAGUGAAUUGCUAGAUAUGUAUUAUAAGAGUUUUACAGGGAAAAUUUAUGCCAAAAUAAUUAAAAGCUGUGCUUGCGCUCAAUAAAUGUAGAGAGCUGUUUGCAUAAAUAGCUUCCUACUGAAGAUUCAGUUGAGCCGUUUAUACUAAACAGUAUAGCAAGAGCAACCAAACCCACAUGUACAGGUUCAUGUCAAGAACUAUCACCCAGUUUUAUCAGUUGGAGUGAUCAUGUAGAUCCAAGGAUUCUUUCCCUUGAUAAAAUCUUCCAGGCUGCUUUCUGUUAGGACUUCUGAUACGCAUCUAAUCAAAAAUAUUGUCAGCUCUUUUUGCCACCACCUUACAAACUCAAGAUAUCUGCAAACUAGAGUCUUUUGCAAGCAAGGCUUAGAAAGACGAUGGCCCAUCUGUCUGUUCCUGAAUUUCAGCAGCGGAAUAUUUCUCUGCAUUCUGUUUUUUGUGCAUUGUAUUAAAUGGGUUUUUUAAAAAAAAUCUUCCAGAAGAAGUUCUCUAAAACAUGCAUUAUGUUACUAGCUUAAUUUCUAGUGGUUUGUAUUUUAAAAUAAGCAUGCAACUAUGCAAGUAUGAAGAAGACCUGGGAAGGGAAAUAGGUAUUGAAAAUGUCAUAUUCACAUUUUAAAGCUUGUGCUUUUAAAGGGUAAAUUGCUUAAGAGCAGUAUAUUUUGUGCCUUUGGGAUCUGGAGAUGUUUUUCCUUUGCUCCUUAUACUUUAGGAGGCAUUCCUGAUACCUCCAUUUCUGUUAAUCUUUGGCUUGCAUCUCCUAGAACUUAAUGAAUUUGCAUUGAGAAUCUUUUCAGCUCAGGGAUAAUUUUUCUUAGAUUAUCUUAACGCACAGGGCCAUUGUCCUGCGUAUACAUUGUGAAUAUCAAAUGAUGCUGAAUUUAUAUUUUCACUAUUGCAGAUUGUAAGCCUUCAGUUCAUAUCAACUUCAUCUGUACAGCUGACCACUUUCUCUUGUAUAAUAUCUGUUGAACAAAGUUUAACACGCAAUGACUUAAUUUUAUUAAACUUAGAUAUUGCUGUCUA